AAAACGUCGAUCCAUUGAAUAGAAUAAACCUUAAUCACAAUAUAUAUUUGUUACGUAAUUGUUAGUUUGUAUAAUCGGUGAAGAUGUCAUCGCCAUACGAUUACCUUUUCAAAUACAUCGUAAUCGGAGAUACAGGAGUCGGGAAAUCAUGUCUCAAUCUACAGUUCACAGACAAGAGGUUUAAACCCGUACAUGCGAUUACAAUCGGUGCCGAAUUCGGGUCCAGAACGAUUACAAUUGAUAAUAACAAAAACAAAAAGGUAAUAAAGUUACAAAUAUGGGAUACGGGUGGUCAAGAAGCGUAUAGAUCAAUCACAAGAUCGUACUACCGGGGUGCUGCAGCUGCACUUCUGGUUUACGACAUUACAAGAAGAGAGACGUUUAAUCAUCUAGAAACUUGGCUAAAUGAUGCACGACAACACGCUCUUAGCGAGAAUAUGACAGUUGUGCUUGUAGGGAAUAAGUGUGAUGUUCCUUGUCGUAUGAGGGAAGUAAGCGUCGAAGAAGGGAAAGUGUUUGCCAAGGAUCAUGGGUUGAUGGGAUUUGUCGAGUGUUCUGCUAAAACUGGUGAAAAUGUUGACGAGGUUUUUGUUAAAACUGCUGCUGUUAUCUAUAACAAGAUUCAGGAUGGUGUUUUUAAUUUAUUGAAUGACUUUAAUUGUGGGAUUAAGGUUGGAUAUGGGGAUGUUAAAGGAGAUAAUUAUGUCACAACUUUUCAAACCGGAGCUUGUUGUGGUGGUUCAAAUAGGUCUGAUUUUAAAUUUAAAGAUUAGAUUUGUUUAUAGACUUUUGGCUUCUUGGUUUAUUGAAUUAGAUUUAUUUUAGUGUACGUAUGUUUGAAUUUAUCAAAUUAGAAUAAGACUCCGUUUUAUUCGACUUAUUUUAUUUGAAAUUAACUUAUUUAUGUGUGAAACUGUAUGAAAAAAAUUUAUUUUUUCUGAACUUGUAUGAAUUUAUUUUGUCUAAAUAAGAUGAACAUAACAGAGCCUAAUUAAACCAAACUUGAUCUAGCAUCGUAUACAAUCUUAUCUAACAUAUAUUAUAACUAGUCCUUAAUUGUAUAACAAAAAAGAAACGAAGGGAGUAUAAAAAGAUUUGGAUACUGUUGUUGUUGCGGCGUGGUGAUUGUUUGUGAGUUUAUUAAUUAUCGGGUGAUAUUAAUUUUUCGAUGAUUAUUUAUAUAUUUUAGUAAAACAACAAUUUAUAUGCGUAGUACGGAGUAGCUAAUUAACCAAAACAAAUGUGGUGUGAAACAAGUUUAGUACAUACAUUAGUACAACAAUGAGGGCCGAUAAAGUAGCCUAGCCUAUUUGAAAUUUUGAACUACUUUCAUCAACGAAGGUAACUUAAAAAGCCAAUUCCCCCUCUUUGAUCAAAGGCACGGACUUAAUAAAUUGACUUAGGGCGACCAAAAAAUAUUACCCUCUCUAUUAAAGAGGGCGAUUGUCUUGGUCGCCUCGUUGAUUCGAUUUGUUGUGAAUGCAUAAAACUUGGCGUUUAAUUUAGUAACAAUCAUCAUGGUGAUGAGGAUGGUGGUAGCCACCAUGAUGGUCAUAGUGGUGGUAACCAUCGUGAUAGCGAUGGUAAUGAUGAUGAUCACAAACGUAGUCAUGGUCGUAACAAUGAUGGUGGUGUUGAUGAUGAUGAUGACCAUGAUCAUGAUCAUGUCCUCCAUGCCAUCCAUGAUGAUGAUGAUCGUCAUAGUAGUAAGGGACACCAUAACCCGAUGGUUCAUAUUGCCAUGGUGAUGAAUAAUUGUGAUUCCCGUAGUCCCACCCCCAACUCAUAUUUCAUUAGCUGUUGCACACGGUUGUACGACUUGCACCCAACUACGUUCUGAGUACGCAGAGUUUAUUACGAGUAUUCAACUCAUUUGCAAGGAGGGUCUCUUGAGGUUUUAAUGUGAAAUAAAUUUUCUGUGUAUAUGCAAGAAAUUUGGUUGUCAUAUGACUCAU